AGAUCACAUCUUUCCCUCACGCAGCGCGGUUGUGGUGACCAUAGUGACAACCCAAACGACUGGUGACUGGCGCGCUGUGGCGAUUUGAAGGUGUCAUAAGCUACUGGGUCAGCACACUCCCGCACAUGCACCCCUGCCUCCCGCCCCCAGCACCCCGGGCCACGGUGAGAGCGAGGCGCGAGGCGGGGACGCUGCGAGGUGAGGCCGAAUGGGUCCCGGAAGCACCGCCCUGCCGCCCGCCACAGCUCUGGCCGCAUCCCCCUCCCCGACCUCCGGUAAACACGACACCCGCGCCGCAGAGGAUGACACCCACGAUGACUGUCCCUUCCGCCAGCUCCUCAGCGUGCGCCCUGCUUCCUGCACGUUACUGCCCCGAACCUCAGGUGGUAUGGGGCGUGGCGGCCGGCUGAGUGAUACGCGAGGUGGAGGCAAGAGUGUAAGAUUCGCUGACACAGUAACGGGUUCGGAUGGGCUCCCCGUCACUCCUGGCACACACAGGAAGGGAGAUGCGACCACGCCCUAUAAGAACGGUGUCGUUAAUACGGGGAAGUUCUAUCGCAGGAGCGACGGAAGGUUCGUGACCCGCGGCGGGAGCAGGCGGCCAGCCACUGCCAAGGAACGAGUCACGCCGUCCUCCGCCAGGCCUCAGGCGGCGGGCCAGUACAGUCUUGGCAAGACCAGUCAGUAUCAGCAGCAGUUUGAAUGCCGAAAAAAUUGCCAGUUUAAGGAGCAAGUAAGCAAUCGUCCCCACAAAUCUGUUCAUAAGACAUGGAGGUCACUCGCCUCAGAGGGACGUCCGCGCCUAGUGGGGGAGGGUCCUCGGCGAUCCAGAAUAAAGGUUACGGGGGUCAGCGCUCCGAGGUGGGAGCACGUGGACAACAAACAAAAAGGUGACGCCUCCUCAGCUAAGCAGUGUCCACCCAAGGCUGGCAAGGGGAGGGAUGAGGUGGACGAGAAGUGUUCUGCUGCAUACAAGAAUGCUUUGUUAGUUGGGUGGCCAAAGUUUGAGGCUAACAGGAAAGUUGCCAGCCAGAGAACAAGAUCACUGUCUUGUCCCCAGAACUCACCAGUCAUUCAAAGACCAAGGUUUAGGACAAGCUCAGCUCCUGUGGGUAGUACCUCAGCCGCUAUCUCUCCCACCACCACCACAUCCUGCAGCGCUGCCAGCCCGAGAAGCACCUCCGCUCCCGUCACGAGAGCUUCCAGGAAUGUUUCACACCACAGCUCCAAGAGUAACACAUCCCUGUGUGACCACCUCGCCAGCAGGGCCGCGACCCGCUCGAGUUUCAGCCCCAAGACGUGGCCGUUCUGUAGCGCCAAGUCACAGUCGUAUCACGGAGUUGGGUGCAGGUACUGGCGGGCGCCGUGUCCCCUGCCAUGGUUCCUACAGGUGGACGUCCCCCGCCCCGGCCCGCUUUACCUUGGGGUUCUGCCGGGCCUCUACGUCGGUAACAUCAGGGACAGCAAGGACAGUGACCAGCUCAAGACACACAACAUCACACACAUUCUCGCCAUCCAUGACAAUGCCAGAAAACUCCCAUGCAACUCAGAUAAGGAGUACCUGUGCAUUACCGCCUCAGAUUCCCCUGGGCAGAACCUCAUGCAGUACUUCCCCGCUUGCAACGACUUCAUUCACACAGCCAGACUGAAGGGCGGCGCCGUCUUGAUUCAUUGUUUGGCGGGCAUGUCUCGGUCCGUGACGGUGGCUGUCGUGUACGUCAUGUGCGUCACGUCUCUCAGUUGGCGGGACGCACUCAAGGUGGUCCGCGGCGCCAGGAAUGUCGCCAACCCUAACGUGGGGUUCCUAAAGCAGCUGCAGGACUUCGAGAGCGACAGGAUGGCUGAGGAGCGGCGACGCCUCAAGGCCAAAUACCCAAGUGUGACCCUGAAGGAGGAGGACGAGCAGAUGGCGAAGACUCUUCUCGCCUCCUACUACCACUCCCUCAGCGUUGGGGAAAUGUGCGAGGGUAACUGUCCCCAGGGCGUGACGUGUCCCAGGGGCAUUUGUCACCCCGCCCGCAGAACCGGCCUCUUCAGGAGAAACUCCCGAGAGAGUUCCGGGAGCAGAUCAUCCAGCCCAUCAAGGCGAUCCUCCAGUCCCAGCUCAACAUCGUCCAGCCCUGCCACCUCCCCUGUGCCCCCGCGCCGAGCUAGCCCCACCCCACCCUCACCACUCACUCGGCGCAACAGCAACUCCUCCCCACAACUCACGCCUCCUCAGCAUGGAUCACCAAACAACCAGCGUGGCUCCUCGACAAACCGCUCCUCCAUGCAGGCCUCAUCUCCGAGUUCUUCCCCAAAGAGAUGCUCCUCUCCUUCCAGUCCCAAGCGUGGAUCUUCUCCGGUUCGCUCUCUCAACUCUUCUCCAAACAGCUCCCCAGCAACAUCCCCGAAACACGUCUACACGCCGUUCAUUUCCCCAAGAACCACCUACACGUCUCCACCGGGCUCCCCAAAGCGCUGUCCCUCUCCUGUAGCAUCCCCCAAGCGAUCCCUCUCAGCGCCUAACUCUCCCCAACGGACGGUCAAGAAAGCAACACUGUCUCCGCGAAGCAUGCUGAGACAAUGCUCUCUCUGGCAACACUCCAUCAAGAUCAAUGGAGUGGACAGCAAGUCAAAAUAUAUCUCUGGUCUCGUUGUCGUUGAUGGUGAUAGAGAGUUGACUCAAAAGGAAAAGGAAUUGCUCAGAUCACUGGAGGAGAAAGGUGUUCCCAUUCGACAGCUGAGGCCGGAUUCGGUUGGGGGUCCACAUCUGUCCAAACAGACGUCCCUGCCUCUCCAGUCAACACAGGAAAAGUCACCUACCUUCCAUCGUCCACUGCAAAAACAAACAUCACUCCCACCACAACCCAAAUCCUCCUCCCAUCCUUGCCAUCCCACCGUCCUCGGAUCCUACUUACAGAUCUAUCGGCAGUCAUCCCUUCCUGAGGAAUGCGAAGACCAUACGGACAACACCAUCCCCUCUUCAGACCAGCAGCUGUACCGCUGGAUCACACGACAGUCCCAGCCACCUGAGCCUCUGCCUUGCCCCUAUGAUGAGCUCUUCCGCCAGGCAUCACUCCAGGAGUCCAGGUACAAACCAAAAUCCUCACCCUUAAACACCAACCAGAUGGCGUCUGAGGAGAAGAAAAACAAACACAAUGAUCUCAAAUCCGGAGAGAAAGAAGAGACCCAGAACCUCUCGAGGCUUGCAUCUGACAAUCAAGUGGACAAGACAAUCAAAAGAUCAAGUGAGAGAGACUUAACUGUGUCCAAAACCAGCUGUUCCAAGGACCUACCAGUCACACCGGUCACCAUUGUGACGCCUGCCACGCCUACCACUCCUGCCACACCUGUCACAUCUAUAUCCCCCAUCAUGAGCACAACAUCUACGCCAUCAACAUGUAUUGAUCCUACCACGUCCAGUACAUCUGUAACCCCUACCACACCUAUCACAUGCACUACACCUGCCACAUCUAUCACAUCCGCCACCACCACCACUUCCACAGUUGUUACAUCCUCCAUAUCAACAAGAACAACUAACAGUUCAGACACUUCCACAUCGGUUGCCUCAGCUAAGCCCACAAAACCAGUUGUUUCUGGCACCCCUACCAAACCUCAGGAUAAAUCACAAAAAGAAAAGGAGGUGGCAAACACAUCACCCAAGAAGCGUGCAGCAGCAAAGAAUACAUCCACAAAACGCACGACUACACCACCAAUACCAAGUCAAUUAAAACAGAAACAAAGCACUUCAUCAAAGUCUUCCUCACAGUUGCCCAAAACCAAAACCAUUCCACCACUCAAUAGUGACCACGAGCAGCCGACACAGGCAACAGAAGGUGAUGGCGAGACGCAGCUUCCUCAAGGCAAGGAAGGGAAAUCAGUAGUUACCAUAAAGGAAAAUCAGGACUCGAACAUUCAAAAGAGACACACAUCUGAAUCUCCUACAAGUUCGAGGUCUACAUCCCCACCAAGGGCUCACAGUAAGCCAGGCUUCGCUAUGAAGCAAGACGAAGCGAAUUAUCCCCGAAAUAAAAAUGACUCCAUCACAAGCGAACCUUCAAGAAAAGAUCAUAAAGAAGCUCAUCCAACAAAAGAUAAUAAGCAAGCCACACCCUUAAAGAAACGAAAUUCAUCACCUUCUAUGAAGCACGAUUCUAAACCAGUUUCAUCUAUGAAAAAAGAACCAAAACCUGGGUCUUCUGUAAAGCAAAAUACAGCACUAGAUUCUUGCUUAAAGCAGGACAAAAAACCUGGCUUCCCUGUUAAACAAGACAGUCAGUCAAAGUCAGAUUCUACUCCACUCAAAGACCGCGAACAAGAAAGUCCACUGAAGCAGGACAACAAGCCAGGAACUCCAGAGAACAAAGAACGUAAAUCGGAUUCACAUUUACACAAAGAAAGUAAACCUGAGUCUUCCUUAAGUACGAAUAGUAAACCAGGAGCUAGCUUAAACAGGGAUCUUAAACAAGAGUUUUACGAACAGCGGAGCACCAAGGCAGGGAACUCCCUAAAGGAAGACCAUAAGACAGAAUCCUUCUUAAACAAGAAUCAGAAACCAAAGUUUUCUUUAAAACAAGACCAAGAGUCAGAUUCCUCUUCAAAGCAUGACCAAAAAUCAGAUCGUUCUUUGAAAAAAGACCAAAAAUCAGAUUCCUCUUCAAAGCACGACCAAAAACCUGAUUCAUCUUUAAAGGACCAAAAAUCUAAUUUCUUUUCAAAGCACGAUCAAAAAUCUGAGUCUUCGUUGAAGAAAGAUAAAAAAUCUGAUUCUUCAUUGAAGCAAGACCAAAAAUCAUAUUCCUCUUUAAAGAGAGAUAAAAAAUCUGAUUCAUCUUUAAAGAAAGACCAAAAAUCAGAUUCUUCCGCAAAGCAAGACCACAAAUAUGAUUCUAAUUUAAAGAAAGGCCUGAAAUCAGAAUCCUCUCUAAAGAACGAACACAAAUCAGAUUCUUCUUCAAAACAAGACCAAAAAUAUGAUGCAACUUUCAAGAAAGAUAAAAAAUCUGAUUUCAUUCUAAAGAAAGAUAAGAAAUCAGAUUGUUCCUCAAAACAAGACCAAAACUUUGAUGCAACUCUUAAGAAAGAUAAGAAAUCAGAUUAUUUUGUAAAACAAGACCAAAAAACUGAUCCCUGUUUAAAAAAGAAAGAGCAAAAAUCUGAAUUCACUUUAGAAAAGGAUAAAAAAACUGAUUCGUCAUUAAAGAAAGACCUCAAAUCGGACUUUUCAAUAAAGCAUGACCAAAAAUCAGAGUCAUCUUCAAGUCGAGACCAAAAUUCUGAGUCUUUAAGGCAUAAUCACAAAUCAAAGUUCCCCGUAAAACAGGACGAGAAGCUGGAUUCUUGUUCAAAGCAGGACCAAAAGUCAGAGUCUCCUUUGAGGCAAGAGAAAAGCUCAGAGUCUCCUAUGAAAUGGGACCACAAACCUGGAACUCCAAUGAAGCAGGAGUACAGGUCAGGAUCUCCUUUAAAGCAAGAAUUCAGGCCAGCAUCUCCCCUGAAGCAAGAUUACAGGCCUGGAUCUCCUUUAAUACAGGACUACAGGCCGGGAUCCCCCUUAAAGAAAGACUCGAGGCCAAACUCUCCUAGUUUUGGUCCAGUAGUAAUUUCAAGACCUUCAACUCCUCUGUCUGCAUCACCGCCACCACCAAAACUGCCACCACCACCACAGUCACCCAAGCGUUCUGGUGUUCGUAGGAGAGGCAGUGCUGCUUCUCUGGGAACUGAUGGUCGUCGAACCCAGACCAAACCUGAAUGUUACUCUCGGAACAACCUUCCAGAUUCAUAUCACCAGACACCCUCACCCCCCUCACACGCUCCGCAACAAACCACCGGAAACAUCGGUCCACAGGCGAGAAGUCCCCUAAAACAACCAGCCAGACCAUCAACACCUAUUCAGGAACAACCACGGUCUAGUCCUCCGCUUCCUGCCUCGCCACGCCCAUUACCUUACUAUCAUAAUCAGGUAGACCAGCCAGCCUGCCCUCCCUGCCUACCUAUCCAAUCUCGACCCCGUGCCUCUCUGGAACCUUUGACAUGCCCAGCUAAGCCGCCAUCCAGCACCCUAACUUCUAAUUCAAACACAGUGACGCAGAACUCUAUGUCUGAAAACGGUGUCUCUCCAAGCACUGAAUCUUCCAAGCCAAAGUUAAAUUCCUGCCCUCCUCGCCAAAACAACAUAAAGCAGCCACUCACAGACACCCGUCCGACUCCAAACGUAGCCCAUCAAGCAUCAUCCGUGAUUCCCCAGCCUACUUCAAAGGCCCCACCUAUAGACACCCGUCCGAUCCAAAACACAGCUCAUCAAGCACCAUCCGUGAUUCCCCAGCCUGCACCAAAGGCCCCAGCCACUAAUAUAGAAGUCAAAGACAAUGACUUUCAAAUCAUUCACAACAAACAAGACGAACCUCCGUCUUUUCCAAGAGAUAAAGAAGUAACUGAGACGCUUCCUAUUAGGGAAUCCAUACACUCCUCUGCAACUCCUCAAGGCAAAAGUUUUCAGAAUUUUCACGAACUCUUUAAAAAAUGUUCAGUGAAAAAUCAGCAACAAACAGAGAGUUCUCUACAGACUGCUUCGUCUAUGAACUCUGAAACACACCAACAAACAUUAACUGUUCAAACAUCACCAGGUCUGCCCUCUAAGUGACGCCAAAGUUUCUCAAUUCAGCGACGACUGCAGUCUGCCUCACUCGCAGUAUCUGCAUAACCAUGCAUGUCAUUCUUAAAUACUAUCUGGAGUCUCAAACAAAACACUUUUUGCAGCCACCACAUUUUCUAGGUGGCAAUGGUUCUCCACAGAGCGCUUUCUGGCCCUUAGGAAGGAAAUUCGAAUUAACACGAAUUAUUACAGAUUAGCACAACGUACAUGCAUUAAUGUUCUUGGUGAAUUUACUAUGUUAUGCCACAGAACAAGGCCAGCCCAUGAGCUUUCCUUUAACCAAGCACAAAAGAACAUUCCAUGUGAUAUAUUGUGAACAAAACCUACCUGGCCUCUUUGAAGCACUGUUGCACGUCAUGGUGCCCAGAGCCCCCACGCCGUGGUGACCCUUGAUAUAUGACAAGAAGAGAUUGUCCAGACUCAAAACUUUCAGUGGUUUACAGUGAUAAAUGCAUCAUGUGUAUCUGGAAACUGAAUUGUGUUAUCAAGUGACAUUUCGAAAUGAGAGACUAUGAACAGAGUGACUCGUGCACAUUUGCACUUCUCUUAUGAGUCAUACAACAAAGUAAUUUUAGAGUUAAAAAGUAUUUAUGCAAGGCACGCCAGUGCUCCAUGCUGGAACUGGCGUGGCCUUAAGGGUAUCAUGAUUGUGUGGAGGAGAAUUCGACACCACUCAAUCUUGGCUCUAAACAUUAAAACACAAGUCAAAUUUAGUUCUGAAAGUGUCAUGAGUUAUUUACUGAAGGAAACAACAAAGUCUUUAGCUGAUGAAUAUCCUCUUCACGCCGAUACCAGAUGAUAUCGAAUUUUCCUCAACACAUGUAACCUUGACCCUUUUCAUCUCUCACGAUUACGGCUCGCUAUAUCUCGCCUGGUGGCGGUUUUCCACGCCCAGGGGUGAGUCAUGGCGGCUGGAAUAGGAGAGAAAGCCUGUUCUUGUGUCUUUGAAUCACAACGCACAAAUCAUCAACAUUGGAAGGUCCACGAGACUCUUAAACAACGCUAAACAACUCAGCCCGCGCGGGUCACCGCACUUCCUCCAGCCGGGUCACAUCAACAGGCAGUAAUUGACACUAUUUGUCCCUCCACACCUGUCCUUGGCCCCGAACUCGACAGGAGAGCAAGCUUAAGGUCCAUUUUUUAAUCCAGUUCCUAUACGAUUCUCAGCCGUGUAGUCUCCGCUUCUUAAAACGCGAAGGCUUAGAGGCUGUGGUAGUUUCCUUACCUUAGAUCACCUGCCCUCCCUGCAAUAAAUCCCGCCCACCCACCAGCCGGUGUUAGGCACAUACUAUUGCUCCCUCUCACACCAAGGUCCGGGACCCUGGCGUGUUCUGGGACAAUUUUCAUAUUCUGCUUGUUCUACUGAUACUCUAAUAGGUGCUCUAUUUGGUGAGUUCCCUUCUGCCAUUCCCUCUCCCUACCUCUUUCUGGUUUUCACUUCUCAUUCUCGUCUUCGUAAGCACUUCCUCUCCGUCCAAGUGUUCAAAUUUUUCACUUCGAUUUUUCUCAUGUUCCCUUCUUCAUUUUCCGUAUCGUAAUAUCUCUCUCUCUCUCUCUCUCUCUCUCUCUCUCUCUCUCUCUCUCUCUCUUAAUUGAUUAAUUGUUGUUGUCCCUGGUUUUCUAUGCCACAUUUUAACGUUUUCAUCUCUCUCAUCCCAGGUGGACCACGACCAUCACCUUCACGAACUACCACCACUCUCUCAACCUACCUCCACAUUACUACCCUCACAUAACACUGCUUCUCAUUCUCUUCCUUCUCUCGUUACUACUGCUACGGAUACUACUGCGCUUGCUACUACUGCGACUACUACUACUACUACUACUACUACUACUACUACUACUACUACCACUCCUAUUACUACUACUAUCGCUAUUAUGACUACGAUUCCUACUACUACUACUACUAACACUACUACUACUACUAAAAUCACUAUUACUACUGUUCCUUUUAGUUCUACUACUAUUAUUAGUUUUAGUACUUUUACACCUCACCUACUACUGCUACUGUUGCUAUUAUUGUUGCUGCUAUAGUUAUUAUUAUCAAUCUUACUAUUACUACUAAUCCUUCUACUACUACUACUAAUCAUACUACUACUACUAUUACUGCUAUUAC